AUGUACAUUUUAUUUUCAUUAAUUUCAAUUGUGACAGUAUUUUUGAACCUAAUUGUGAUCAUCUCCAUCUCUCACUUCAAGCAGCUCCAGACUCCAACCAACCUGCUCAUCCUCUCUCUGGCUGUGUCAGAUCUCCUGGUGGGACUCAUUGUGAUACCAGCAAAUACUGUAGCUAUAAUAGAAUCUUGCUGGGUACUUGGUGAAUAUUUCUGUGCAUUGCUUAUGUAUACCACUUCUUUAAGUGAAAGUUCCUCUCUCGGUAAUUUGAUCUUAUUAUCAAUUGACCGUUAUGUUGCUGUGUGUGAUCCACUGUUGUACCACUUGAAAAUAACAACUAGAAGAACUAUUUUAGCAUCAUAUUUUGUCACAUUUCUUCCACUUGUUAAUUCCUUUAUUAAUCCCAUAAUUUAUGCUUUCUUUUAUCCAUGGUUCAAAGUGGCAACAAAACAAAUAUUAACUCUGCAGUUAAGGCAUUUGUAG